AUGGCGGAAGCAGCCCAGCUCCGAUUCUCUACAUUUGCUAGGCAAUACACUGCUAAUUGCGCCCAACAAAACAACCGCAGAUUCCCAAACUCCAAUUCUCAUUCUCUCUCUUUCCCCUUUUCCACCCCUCUUAACCCCUCUCUCCGCCUCCUCCACUCCAAACCACCCCACCCUUCCAAUGCUGGAGGCAAUGGAACCGGCGGAGGAUUUGGUGGCAGCGGUGGAGAUGGUGGAAACUCGAGUGGUGGUGGUGGUGCUGGUGAUUCGAGUUCUGACAAUUCAUCGUCGUCCGCUGCGGGGUUUGGGAUUCUGGGUCUCUUUCUAAAUGGGUGGAGAUCGCGGGUCGCGGCGGAUCCGCAGUUCCCCUUUAAGGUAUUAAUGGAGGAGUUGGUUGGUGUGUCUGCUUGUCUUCUUGGUGACAUGGCUUCGCGGCCGAAUUUUGGUCUUAAUGAAUUGGAUUUUGUUUUUUCGACUUUGGUUGUUGGUUCUAUACUGAAUUUUACUUUGAUGUAUCUGCUCGCGCCUACUGCGGCUUCUGCUAGUCAGACAUUGCCUGCGAUUUUUGCUAAUUGUCCAACCAGUCAUAUGUUUGAGCCUGGUGCUUAUAGUGUGAUGAAUAGGCUUGGUACUUUAGUUUAUAAAGGAACUAUUUUUGCUGCUGUUGGUUUUGCUGCGGGUUUGGUAGGGACUGCGCUUUCUAAUGGGUUGAUUAAGAUGAGGAAGAAGAUGGAUCCUACUUUUGAGACGCCGAAUAAGGCACCUCCGACUGUUUUGAACGCAUUGACGUGGGCGGCUCAUAUGGGUUUUAGUAGUAAUUUGAGGUACCAGACGCUGAAUGGGGCCGAGUUUUUGUUGGAGAAAGGACUUUCUCCGUUGGCAUUUAAGACAUCGGUUGUGGUUCUUAGGUGCUUGAAUAAUGUUCUUGGUGGAGUGUCGUUUGUGGCGUUGGCGAGGAUGACGGGGUCUCAGAGUGUUGAAGAACCAAAACCAGUUGCUGUUGAUGUUGGAUUGGCUGCUCCAGAGAAGGAGAAACUGCUUGAUGGAGGAGAGGAUUUGCAGAGCAAUCAGUCGACUUUCAAGUGA